CUAAUAAAAAAGUAAAAUAUAGAAAUAAACUUAUUCAAAAAUGGUAACGCGUUAAGUAAUCAAUGAUGCAGACGCAGCACGCCUAUCCAUAUAUAUAAGCCCAUAAAAGCUCUGUUCUUCUGUUUAUAUUCGUUCUGAAACAAUCUUCGAAGUUCGUAUCGGUUUUGAUUUAGUAAAAACAAUGGGAGGUGGUAAAGACAAGCAGCAUGAUGAACAAGACAAAGGGUUUCAUGGUUUUCCAGGAGGUGGACAUCAUUACCCACCCGCUCCUGGAGGUUACCCACCCGCUGGAUACCCGCCACAACAAGGGUACCCUCCAGCUGGAGGCUACCCACCUGCAGGUUACCCACCUGGUGCAUACCCUCCUGGUGCACCGGGAGGUUAUCCUCCUGCCCCCGGAGGUUAUCCUCCUGCAGGCUAUCCUGCUCCUCACCAUGCAGGACAUUCUAGUGGUGGAAUUGGAGGUAUGAUCGCUGGUGCAGCGGGUGCAGCCGCAGCAGCCUAUGGAGCUCACCACAUGUCUCAUGGAGCACACAACCCUUACGGUCAUGCAGGGCACGCAGGGUAUGGCCACGUUGGUCACGGUGGAUAUGGUCAUGGUAAGUUCAAGCACGGAAAGCAUGGAGGCAAAUUCAAGCACGGAGGCAAGUUUAAGCAUGGAAAGCAUGGGAAACACGGUAUGUUUGGAGGAGGCAAAUUCAAGAAGUGGAAGUAAUCUCAAAAAAUAACCUUUGAUUUUCUCCUCCAGUAGUCUCAUUACAUGGCCGAUGUUUCUAAUAAUUCCCCUCUCAAAAUUAUUACAUUUUAACUUUAUGUCGGUUUAGAGAUUGCUGGUUCAGAGGAAAAUAAUUGGAGAGUGAUAGUAUAAUGUAAAACCUUAUGGCAUUUGUAGAAGAGGUUUCUUCAAUCUCUCAAUAGCAGAUGCUUUGAAACUUAUCUAUGAUUUGGUUUUGUAAUUGACAGCUUGUGUUUGUUUUGGUACUUCCUUUUUCAAUUUUAAAUCUCUUGUUUGAUGA